UUUGUCUGUACAAUCUUACUUUAAGGUGAUCAACAAGAAUAGAUAUGGGUAUAGAUAAUGAAAAAUGGCAGCAUGAAGAAAAUUGUAAUGUUGACCUCAAACAAAAGGCUAUUGAUGAUUGGCUUCCUGUAACUGCUUCUAGAAAGGCCAAAUGGUGGUAUUCAGCUUUUCAUAAUCUAACAGCCAUGGUUGGUGCUGGUGUUCUAAGUCUUCCAUAUGCUAUGUCUAAUAUGGGCUGGGGACCUGGAGUUACCAUUCUUAUUCUAUCAUGGGUGAUUACAUUGUAUACUCUAUGGCAAAUGGUUGAGAUGCAUGAAAUGAUACCUGGAAAAAGACUUGAUAGGUAUCAUGAAUUGGGACAAGAAGCCUUUGGAGAGAAAUUGGGCCUUUGGAUUGUGGUUCCACAGCAAGUUAUUGUUGAAGCUGGCACAUGUAUUGUGUAUAUGGUCACUGGUGGUAAAUCAUUGAAGAAAAUUCAUGACACUCUUUGUCCUGAUUGUAGAGAUAUCAAAACAUCGUAUUGGAUUAUUAUUUUUGCUUCUGUCAACUUUGUUAUUGCUCAAUGCCCUAACUUCAACUCCCUUUCUAUUAUAUCUAUGAGUGCAGCAGCUAUGUCUUUGACAUACUCAACCAUAGCAUGGGCUGCUUCGGUUAAAAAUGGGGUUGUGCCAAAUGUGGACUAUGGACCUAGAUCAACUGCCACCGUUGAUAAGGUAUUCAACUUCCUUUCUGCAUUGGGAGAUGUAGCAUUUGCUUAUGCAGGUCACAAUGUGGUUCUAGAAAUCCAAGCAACUAUGCCAUCAACCCGUGAAGUACCUUCCAAGAAACCCAUGUGGAAAGGAGUUAUUUGGGCAUAUCUAGGAGUUGCAUUCUGCUACUUCCCAGUUGCAAUCAUUGGAUACUAUAUGUUUGGUAACUCUGUUGACGAUAACAUCCUUAUCACACUAGAAAAACCUGCUUGGCUCAUUGCUGCUGCUAACUUGUUCGUUGUUGUCCAUGUUAUUGGAGGCUAUCAGGUAUUUGCAAUGCCGGUGUUUGACAUGAUUGAAACUCUCAUGGUUAAGAAAUUGCAUUUUCCACCUUCUUUUGCACUCCGAUUUUCAGUUCGCACUAUAUAUGUUGCAUUGACCAUGUUCAUUGGCAUAUGCAUCCCUUUCUUCGGUUCACUUCUUGGAUUUCUAGGAGGGUUCGCAUUUGCCCCAACAACUUACUUUUUGCCUUGUAUCAUCUGGCUUAAACUCAAGAAACCCAAGAAAUAUGGCUUGUCUUGGACAAUCAAUGUGACAUGCAUUGUCAUUGGAGUCUUAUUAAUGAUACUAUCCUCAAUUGGUGCUAUGAGGAAUAUCAUCGUACAAUCCGGGCACUACAAGUUCUUCUCAUAAAUUAUGAGAACAAAACAUCAACUUCUCUCACUGAAACUAAGUACAAGUGGAUAAUGCAUUCAGAAGAUGGUGUUGUACAGUACAAAGCUAUCGCAUAUAUGUGUUAUAAUAAUGCGAUAGAAAUUUAUAUGGUUUUAAAAUUAUUAUUAUCAUACCGACGCUAGUUUCAUAGUGUGGGUGAGAUUC